ACAACGAGCUCGCGACCGAAGCGAGCGUCGAGAGUGAUCGCCGUCGUAUCCCGCCUCGAUGCUCCCGACUCUCCGAGCAUCAUCACGGGAAGGGCAACACUCUUCAAAGAAGCAUCAGCAAUCCGGAAUUCCAAGCGGAGUUGAUUCGGGUCGCUAAAAAGGUACGCGAUAAGUUGGACUCGAGCGGGUUGAAAAUGGUGGACGGGUCGAUACGCGACACCCGAUACGAUCGAAAACUGCCCGCUUCUCGACCGAGCGGUAAUAAUCGACGUAAACAAGUCGAACGUGGGAAGGAGAAUCGGGAAGGCGGGGAGGAGGGAUGCGCGCAGGAGCCAAGGUCGAGGGAUCAUUUCGCGAGACACGAGAUGGAAUCGCAACGGGAUCAAUUUCGGGAUGAGAACUCGGAUUCUGACGGUUCGAAGCUCGCCACGGUCGAUCGAUCGCGAGAACGGACGGGUAAUUCCGUUUCGAACGAACGAUCAGCAGCAGGAGGGGAAGGACAGGACGAGGCAUUUGCUCCCAUCACAGCGCAAUCUGCAACUCCAAAAACUAUGUUCUACUUCGGCAUGAACGAACGUUUCCCGGACGAAUCCCGCAACGACGAGGAUCGAGACGCGAUCACCACUCGAGAAUUUCACGCCGUUGGAAUAUUCAAGCACUCGGAUCGGGACCGCGAUCGUGGAGACGGCAGAACUUCCAUGGACGGGAUUCUCGACGACGCGGACGAGGAUAACGAGAAAAACGUUGUGGAGAAUAUUUCGUUGAAGUUGCGGCCAACUCUGCCGAAAAAGCAGUUGGAAAUCCCGCGAUUCUCGCCAUCCGCUGCCUGGAGAUUACUCUCUACGUUGGAAACUCCGGGUCCGAGUAUGAGCACUGCCAGCGAAGAAAUGCCGGUGAUGUUCGAGGAACGGAUAGAGCGACUCUCGAGACCGCCUCCACUUUUCCCACUCUCGUUGGGAGCGCGGAGCUGGCACGACAAAUCUGGUGAUUCUGGGAUAUCGGGGGAUGCCGGGGCCGGUAACGAAGACUCUUUCGACGUGAGUACGAUCAACAGGGCGAAGACUACGGUGACCAGGCCGACUUGGACGCCGCAGCAAGACUUGGGAGAGGAAUCGAGUAGCGACGCGGGCGUCGAUUCCCCCCCUCCCCUAUCCACGCCAAUGAAGUAUCGUUCCCCGCGGGGCCACGUGUUCUCCCUUUCGUUGCCCAGGGACGAAGCGAGAGCCUCGAUGUGCCUCUGCCCGCCGGAGACCAAGACCAGGGACGCGUUCGCCUUCAACUCCCUUCAAAAGUUGAAACGAUCCGUGUCCGGGGCGUUCGGAAUUGGGUCGCACGAUCACACCACUCACAGGAAAUAUAAUAAUACCCUCGACGACAAUUGGCUUUUGUCGACCAGUGCGCCCACUUCCCUCCAACAUCCUCGUCUUCGCCUCGACACCGCUCCUCCAAUCUCUCCCACCGUUUGUCACCCGUUCUCCCAUCGACGCGUUUCCGCCGCGUGCCCGUGCGACAGCGAGAACGAGGAUAACGACGGCGACGACGACGAUGACGAAGACGACGUCGAAGAUGACGAUGACGACGAGGACGAAGACGAAGACGAGGAGGACGAUCGCGAUGACGACCAUGACGACGACCACGACGAGAAUGUCGCGCGCGAUCGCGAGUCGUCGAAGAAGAGGCGAGACGACGAAGACAAAGCGAAGGAAAACGAUUUCCCAGUAAUCAUGAAACCUCCGUCGUUCUCGUACUUGACGCCCGGCGGUCACGUUAUGUAUCUACCGGAAACGAAUGAAACGGAACAUCGAGUGCAAAAUUUGAACGGUAGAAAGAUCGGGGAAGAAGGUAGCGUAACGAGGCGGAAAUUAAAUAACGGGGAAUCGAUCGAACGCGAGAUUGCCUCUUUCCGAUUGAACUCGUGCAAGAAUGUUGGUCGAAGCAAGAGCGAUAAAGAAGAUGGAAGUGAGAGGAAGGAGCGGGGCGAAGAGGCGAAGAGGCGUAAGGAGAAACGCAGGGACGAGAUCGAGAAUGUUUCGAAUCGACGACGCGACGACAAAAGUUUGAAGAACCAUCGUAUGGACGAGAACGGUUGCAGGGAACGGAACGAAUUCUCCACUUGUCCCGAACCACCGAAACAAAGGAGAACGUUUUCACCGCCAUCUACCAACGAUCAUCCGUCAUCGCAGAUCCCAUGGAUGUGCGACGCGAAUGAAACGAAGUCGCAACGAAAGAGCAAUUCGCGGGGCAAAAGAUUCACGUUUCAAUCGACGGUGAGGCAGAUAGAGAGGCGACGGUUGGCGGAAAAAUUGUCGAGGGAGGCCGAGGCGAAGGAGCGUCAAAGGAAAGGUGAACUGGAGGCGAUGCGAAAAGUGGAGGAAGAGUUUCAACGAAAACGCGCGAAGGAAAAAGCGAGUAUCAGACAACAGUUGCGUCUGUUCAAAGAAAUGGAAGAGAAUUUCAAUAGCUUGCCAACGCCGCCGGAUUGGGACGGUUCGCAGUUGUCUCGCGCGGAUCCGGACGGUGCCCCUUCCUCCACCGCAUCCUCCCCCACUUCGUUGCCUAAUGGGAACCCGCCGAUGAUCACGAGCACCGUCGGUAAACGCGGUGACACGGAACCGGCCAAGCAACCUCGUUCCGAUUCCAAAGGCUAUCGUCCAAAGUAUUACGAUUGGCCACCGGAUAGCGCCAAUCAUUCGGAUCACAAGCAAACCACCGUUCAUCCCAAGAUCGUUUGCGAUAUUCCCAAAAGCUCGCCCGUUUUCGUCCACGCGAAUCUUCAUCCUGGCAAGCCACCUGUCGUGUCCAAUUCCACUCCAAAAUCGGAUAAUUAUAGGAAAGAUUUCGCGCACGGUACAAUGGUAACCAGAACUUCUUUCGCGAGUAGCGAUAGCGAACUUUCGCAACCAAACACGAGGCCGCACUCCAGGGAGAACGGGAUCAAGAUAAAAUCUCAUCGGCCUAGGUCCACCAGUCCUGCACGAAGCGCGGACAUAGCGACAUCUAAGGAAGAUUUGUCCCAGCUGAUCGAACCAACCGAACAUCCGAAGAAUCCUACUGCGCACCAACUUACAUCGAUAAGUGGAUUACAACCGUUCACGAAACGAAAAACGUAUAGGCCAAUUUUUUAUAAUCCUUGCCCAACUCCACCCAUUCCGAGUUUUCAUAUAUCGCCGAUUUUUAAUUACAUUCAUACACGUUUGCGUAAUCGAUCCACAGUGAAUCACGUGCGACACACUUUGCCCGAACUGCUCACGCGAAUGGCAGAGAAAGAUAUGCGGGAACAUCUUCCACGUUCGGUAACCGGUUGCAAUAUGUUAUAUCUGCCAAACAUUGGCUACGUAUUGGCGAUAAACAAAUGGGAUCCAACCCCACCCGAGGACGUUACUUUUCCAAAUUUGGAAUUCAAAUUCAGCAUCAAUCGGGUUCAUUAUUAUAAAAGCCCUUCGGCGAGAGAGUUGGAUGAGAGCGUGGGUGACAUUAUAUUGAAAAUAGCCGUUCGACAAAAUCACAUCGUGCAAAAGUUGAUACGUUAUACGAAGAAACACAUGGGGACGAUUUUAAACGCGAUUCAACUCUGUGCCGAGUUAGACACUUUACUGGCGUUCUACAAAGUGGCGCGUGAUUAUAAUUACACCAAACCGAACGUAACGAAGUCGAAGAUCAUAGACGUGGUCGAAGGGCGACACCCAUUGAUGGAAUGCGCGACAACAUUCGUGCCGAACGAUAUACGUUCCGGGAACGGGAAGAGUUUGAUCAAAGUUAUAACGGGGCCAAAUUCUUGCGGCAAGAGUGUAUAUCUAAAGCAGAUUGGCCUUAUAGUGUUCAUGGCUCACAUAGGUUGUUACGUUCCUGCAAGAUCCGCGACGAUAGGCACGAUUUCUCGUAUCUUGACUCAAAUGUCGAACACGGAAAGUAUCGGGUUGAACGCGAGCUCGUUUCUACAGAAUCUUCGACAGAUCAACGUGGCUUUACACGCGUCCACCUCGGAUUCGAUCGUGAUAACGGACGAAUUGGACAGAGGAACGUCCGAAAUGAGCGGAUUAUCGUUGGUAGCGGCUAUACUAAACACAUUCGCUGAAAGAGAUUCGGAUUGUCCUCACGUAUUUGCUGCGACGCAUGCGUAUGGCGUACUUGCACUACUUCCCCAAAUUUCUUUAAUUGAAAUUCAAACAUUUGAAUACACGAUCGACGAAGAUGAAUCGUUGGCGUUCCUCUACCGAUUGACUAACGGUAGUACAACACGCAGUUUUGCACAUUACGUGGCGAGACUCGCCGAAUUGGACGAAGAUAUCGUUAAACGAGGAUUAGAGAUAUUUGAGAAGAUGAAACGACACGAAUUAGCAUCCAGUAUAUAUAAUCAUCACGAUAGGUUGAAAAGAAUCGCCGAGCGACUCGAAACAUGGAAAGACUUGGAUUUGGAUGAAUUGAAAACGUUAGUUCGACAAGCCGUGUUUCCACAAUAAUUGUAUAAUUCAAAAUGAUUAAAAUAUCAAAAAAUCAUACGUCUAUUACGUUUAUUAUAUUAUAAAACGAUAAAUGAUCGAUUCAAAAAAA